AUGGCUAAGAAUAACAAAAUGAAGUAUGUUGUCAACCAGAAAGGACGUGAUAUAGAGAUAAGUGCCCCAAAAUACAACGAGAAGGCUUCUUAUAAUUACGAAGAAGCUUUGGAAAUGACCGGUCAUGGGAAAUAUAACUACAUGUUGCUAUGCACUUGUUUUCUGAUCAUCGUUGCGAUGGGCACCGACAUCUUUGGCCUGGGCAUUGUGGUCACCGCUGCCACCUGCGACCUGAACAUGACUCUCAACCAAAUUGGAAUACUGUCUUCUAUGCCCUUUGCUGGUAUCAUACUUAUGUCAUAUCCCUGGGGGUAUCUCUCAGAUAUGAGAGGCAGGCGCUUGGUGCUGAUGUACGCCAUGUGUUGCAGCUUUAUCAGCGCUACACUCAGCAGCCUCUCUCCAAACUGGCAGGUCCUUGCUGCACUUAGGUUUAUCAGCUCAGCCAUGUCGAGCGCAGCAGAAUCAGCUACAUACGCACUGUUAGGAGAGUGCUGCAGUUCAAAAGUUCGUGCGAAGUAUAUGCUCCUCAUCACCAGUGCAUUGAUGUUGACACCAACUCUUUAUUACAUAACGGCAUAUCUAACAAUGAAACUGGACUUCUCCUUCUACCUUCUGGGCAUAGCAUAUAGGCCAUGGCGUCUCCUGACUCUGUUUAUGGCACUUCCUUUGGGGAUGGCGGCAUUGUGCCUGUGGUACUUUAGCGAGAGCCCCAAGUUCCUGGCCAAUAUAGGGCAAGAAGAGGAGGCUGUGAAAGUCCUGAAGAGGAUGUACGUUGUGAAUGGAAACAAUGAGAAUAAUUUUCCUAUCAAACGGGUUUUUCUCGAAGAUGGCAAUAAAGAAAUCGUGGGGGAGUUCUCUUUUCGCUCUCUUUGGGUACAGAUAGCGCCACUGUUCCAGUCACCACUCCUCUUUAAGACCAUGCUGCUGUUCUACCUCACCUUCGUCACUUAUAUCGCAAACAAUAGCUUCGCAAUCAUUCUACCGACCAUUUUGAACAUUUUCUUUACGUCGUACACAACCAGUGUCGCAGGCGCAUCCUUCUGUGAUCUCUUUCAACUCACCAAUACCACUGACAGCCAGAAUAUUGACGUCACUAUACAUCAGGAUACGUCCAAAUGCACGAACCCGAUAGAAGACAACACGAUUUGGGCUGGAUGUGCUCAUGGAUUAUCCUUCUUCCUCCUCAACGCUCUCAUCUCCCAAUGUGCUAGUAAGAGAAAGAUAUUGACCAUAAUAAUCCUUUUGAUCGCGGCUGCUGCAGCCAUUGCUACCGACAACACCGGGGAAGCUGUUUCUGGUCUCGUGUUAUUCUACGUGUUCCUCACUACAGCUAUGGCCUUUGGAGUAAUAUCUUCCUACUUUGUGGACUUGUAUCCUACUUCUUAUAGGGGUAUGGUAGCAUGCUUAGGGAUGAUGGUGGCCCGUCUAAGUGCGUUUGCCGGUACCAAUAUCAUCAGUGGCGCUAUGGGAAACCAUUGUUCUACAGCUCUUUACAGCGGGGCCGGAAUUGUUCUCAGUGGUGCAUUAGCAGCAAUGUUCUUGCCUUCAGAUAAUCAAAUAUUUAAUUAA